AUGAGAGGCAUUGCUUGGAACUGUAGAGGGUUAGGGCAGACCUCUACAGUUCGUGAGCUGAAGUCCCUGAUUCGGUCGCGCUCGCCGGAUGUCAUUUUUCUGACCGAACUAAAAGUGGAUGCUUCUUCUUUGGUACGUAUGCUAAAAUCCCUUCACUUUUACUUUAAUAUUACUGUUCCAGCUGUGGGUAAUGCGGGAGGUAUUUUGUUAGCGUGGAAACUUGGGUUUGAGUUUGAAUGUAUUGAGUGCUCCCGUAAUCAUAUAUCUGGUUUAGUGUUCUCGGACCCCCCCUCGUACCCUUGGCUCCUAUCCUGUGUUUAUGGUCCUCCGUACUUUCAUGCAAAAAAAGCGUUCUGGGAGAAACUAAUGAAGAUAGGGGAUCGGUAUGGUGGUCCGUGGCUUAUAUUGGGUGACACUAAUUUUGUCCUUAGUAGCUCUGAGCGAGAGGGUUCAAAGGGUAGAGACCAAUUUAUUCCUAUAAUCUCCAAUCUGGUGAAUACCCGGGGGCUUAUUUCUCUGCCCAUCCAAGGAGACAAAUUGACCUGGGAUAACCACCGGUCUGGGACUAACCAUGUCAAGUCGGCUUUAGAUAAAGGGCUUGCUAAUGGUGAUUGGGUCCGGAUUUUUCCGAAGGCUGUUCUCUGUUCUGUUCAGACUGCUAACUCUGACCACCGCCCUCUGUGUUUGUUUUCUGGGGGUUUGGGGGAGAAUGUCAAAAGAAAUUUUAGGUUUGAGGAAGCCUGGACUAGGGAUGAGCGUAGUAAACGGGUGGUUGACUUUGCUUGGAAGUCUGUUUCCUUUCCAUGGGCUCCAGCCAGAAUCUUUAAGAAGAUUGGGGCUACUCGGGUCGCUCUUAUGCAUUGGAAUAGAACCCAGUUUGGAAAUUUAGAUGUCCAAAUCUGUGAUCUUGAAAAAAGACUGGAUAGUAUCCAGCAGCGGCCUGCGGGCUCUAGAGAUUGGGUAAUGGAAAGGGAGCUUCGAUUAUCUCUUAACGAGGUCCGGGCUAGGAAAGAAGUGUAUUGGAAACAAAGAGCUAGAAUUUCCUGGCUGAAAGAUGGGGACAAGUGCACUAAAUUCUUUUUCCUGACGGCUUCUAUCAGAGGCCGAAGGAAAGCCAUUGAAAGCAUCCUCAACAAAGAUAAUGUGUGGAUAUCUAACAGGGAGCUCAUUGGGAAAGAAUUCAUGGAAUUCUUCCAAGGCAUCUUUAGGGUUUCUGAUAAUGUGAUUGCUCCUAAUUGCUCGAGCCUGGUCAGGAAUCGCCUGUCCUUGGAUGAACAGACUGACCUCACCAGAAAGCCUUCUCUUGAGGAAAUACGUAAUACACUGUUUGCGAUGAGCAGUGAUAAAGCUCCAGGCCCUGAUGGUAUGUCGGUUCUGUUCUUUAAACACUACUGGGAUUCGGUGGGUUUUGACUUCUGUGAUGCAGUUUCCAACUUCUUCAAUUCUGGGCGUAUGCACAAAGGAAUUAAUGCCACUAAUAUCGUCCUGAUCCCCAAAGUGCAAAACCCGAAAAGACCAAACCACUUCCGCCCAAUUUCUCUGUGCAAUGUGGUCUACAAGGUAAUCUCUAAGAUAAUUGCAAACAGGAUCAAACCCCUGCUUCCUCAGAUUAUUUGCCCUACCCAGGCUGCUUUUGUUCCAGGCAGAGCUAUUCAAGAUAAUAAUGUGAUCGCCCAGGAAAUAAUUCACACCUUUAAUAGAAAGAAAGGCAAAGAAGGUUUGUUUGCAAUCAAGAUUGAUCUAAUGAAAGCUUAUGACAAGAUGAACUGGGGCUUUAUCGAUCAUGUUAUGGAAUGCUUUGCGGUUCCCCAAGAGUUCAGAUCUUGGGUUUCCCAAUGCAUUGCCACCACCUCCCUUAAUGUCUGCAUAAAUGGAGGAUCGGUGGGAAAGAUCAUUCCCUCUUGUGGUCUUAGGCAAGGCGACCCUUUGUCCCCUUACCUGUUCAUAUGGGGUGCGGAAAUUCUUUCUAGACUUUUAGAGGAUGCUCUUAACUCAAAAACCAUAAGUGGAAUCAGGUUAAGUAGAGGAGGCCCGACGCUUUCUCACAUUUUCUUUGCGGAUGAUCUAAUCCUUGUGGGCAAAGCCAAUUUAGAGGAGGCCAAAGGCUUUUGGGACUGCAUUGAAAAGUUUUGUGCUUGGUCAGGCCAAAAGGUAAAUAAAAUGAAGACCUCUAUUUUCUUUAGUAAAAAUACCCCUAAUGCUAUGAAACAGAGGAUCAAGGAAACGCUGGGAGUUGGAUCACCAGAAGGUAACGUUAAGUACCUUGGGCUCCCCUUAUUCAGAUCAAGACAAAAAGACGCUGACUUUAACUUCAUUCUGGAUAAUCUGACUGAGAAACUUCAUGGUUGGAAGGCAAAGACGCUCUCCAAAGCGGGGCGAGCGACUCUUAUAAAGUCGGUGGGGUUAUCUUUGCCUCUGUACGCUAUGCAAACUACCAAGUUGUCUAACCGACUUGCAGCUAAGGUUGAUGGGCUGGUGCGUGAUUUCUGGUGGGGCUCGGAGAAGGGGAACCAUGGUUUGUACCUAAAAGCCUGGGAUAAACUUUGCCUUCCUAAGUCGGUAGGAGGCCUAGGUUUUCGCAAUUCCAAAGAAAUGAAUCAGGCUUUCCUUGCUAAAUGGGGAUGGAACCUCCUUUCAGGGAAUAAAUCUCUAUGUUGCCGUAUCCUCGAAGCCAAAUACCUGAAGGGCAAAUCUUUCCUAGAGUGUGAUCCGAAGCCCUCUGAUUCGUGGUUUUGGAAAAAUGUGACUAAGUCCAAAUCUAUUAUUCGAAAAGGUGCUUGCAGGCUUGUUACUAAGGGUCAGGAGACGAACAUCUGGUCUGAUCCUUGGAUUCCUCAUCUAGAAGGUUUUACUCCAAUACCGGUGGGGCCGGUCCAGAAUAGAGAGUCAAAGGUUGCUGAGUUAUUAGAGCCUAACGGUGGAUGGAACAUCCAAAAGCUUAAUUGUUUUUUCGAUCGUAAUACUGUCUCUGCAAUCCUCAAGGGAGGAAACCCUACCGGCACGGGCGAAGACAGCUGGUUCUGGACCUUGGAAAGUAAUGGUCGGUUCUCCUGUAAAUCAGCCUAUCGUGCUCUGGCCGAGGAGAGAAUGAAUCCAAUUGAGGUGGCCCCCUCCAUGUGGAAUAAACUAUGGAAUUGCAAAAUACCUGAGAGGCUCAAGGUCCUUUGGUGGUGUAUUCUUUCUAAAGCCCUUCCGAUCCGCUCGGCUAUAAGUAGGAGAUUUCCUAUUGAAGAUGAGAGGUGCCCCCUGUGUGGAACGGAAGUAGAAACUAUGGAGCACCUUUUCCUAUCUUGUAACUUCGCCUUUCACCUUUGGCGGUCCUCUCCUUGGGGUAUUUAUCCCUUUUGCGACACUGGUAUUCGGGUGUGGGAUUGGGUUAAAUUCUUAUGGGAUCUAAACAAAAAAGGUUUGAAUGUCCAAGAGGUUUUCCUAUAUGCCUCGCUGAUAGUUGACACAAUAUGGCGGACUCGGAAUGAUAAGAUCAUCAUGCUCUCCUGCUCCCUUGCCCCAUACCGUGUCCAACGGAGAUGUGGCGCCCCCCCCCCCCCACGGGAUUGGUUGAAGCUGAACUGUGACAUCAGAGUGGGAUUGGAUACCAUGUGUGCGGCUGUGGUUGCAAGGGAUCAUGUUGGCAAGGUGAUCUGGGUGGUUACUUCUAAGAUAGAUUUUUCCAGUGCUCUCUGUGGGGAAGCAAUGGCGUGCUGUCUGGCCCUUCAGGAAGCAAAAGUUCGAGGUGUCAAGUAUCUUAUUCUGGAGAGUGAUUCGAGGGUGGUAAUCAAUGCUCUUAAUGGGAAGGAGUCCCGUUGGGAGAUUGAUAACUUCGUCUCAUUUUGUAAAAUCACCUCCCCUUUCUUUAUUGGUUGUAGUUUUGAUUAUGUUAGUAGACGCUGUAAUUUUAUGGCCCAUAAUGUGGCUAAGUGGGCGUUUUCUCAUCAGAGGUUUGGCAUUGUGCCUAUUUCCUCCUUGCCCGAAACUAUACUUUGUAAUGACCGUGAGUGGAAGAUGCCUGCCAACCGAAGUUGGAUGAAGGCGCACGGCGCUCUGCAGUUUCGAAGUGGCGUUGACGAGUUUGUUGCGGUAGCAACAAACCACGUGAACGCUGACGGAUUAGCUCGAUGCCCAUGCAUGCGGUGUUUGAAUGUGAAUUUUCACACACCUGCAACUAUAAGGGUUCAUUUAUUUCUCAGCGGGAUCCAACCUUCGUACAACCCCUGGUAUUUCCACGGGGAGACUUUCUCUCAGCCCGCAGUUGAACUUCCUGAAAAUGACGAAGAGGAAAUGGCAGAUGUGUUGGCCGACAUGUUAAGAGGGGACCCUGGGUUUGACGAACCUGCUAACACUACUGAUUCUUUCAAUGAACCCCCUAUCAACGACAACAACAAGUUCGAUGACUUGUUUAAGGAGAUGGAGGCUGAGUUAUAUCCAGGUUGCAAAAAGUCAGCCCUUAAUGCACUGGUAAAGCUUAUGCACUGCAAGGUUUUGAAUAGGUUUGGGUUACGACUCAAUAGAUGUGUGCAAGUACCCACUGCAGAUGAGCCCGAAGAGCCUGCUGUCGAUCCUACACAGUACCCCCGAGACUUACCUGUUAUGACGCAAGUACUCGGGGAACGAUCUCGGCAUCUUAGAGGCUUUGGCCAUCUCCCCAGACUGAAGGGAGUUGGGGCCAAAAGAGCACCUGCCACGCAUCCUUCAGCCCAACCGACUGUUACAAUGGAACAGUACGAGGCUUUACAGAAAAAAGUGGAGGAAGCGGAGCAGACAACUCAACAUACGAGGCAGCAGUAUGAGACACAACAACUCUACCUCAGACGAUUCCAAGAUCAGUUUGAGUAUCUUUCUCGAGCUGUGCCGGGUUUCAACUUGCCUCCCAUGGAUCUUCCACCAUUGUCCACUCCUGGUGCUGGAUCAUCGGCUGCUGCUGGUGCUGGAUCGUCUUCGCAGCCUCCCGAGACUCAGAGAAACAACGAUGACGACAUUACCCGCCUAUAG